GUUCUUGUCUUAGACUUACUUUUGUGGUUUAAAGUUGUUUUAAAGUCAACUCGUAGCAAGUAAUUUAACCAGAUGGAUAAAAUUUGGUCAUUGUUUGGUUGUUGGUUGCUCGUGCUGCUUCAUCUAAGUCCUCUGCCCACUGAAGCUCAAUCUUCCAAAUUGGAAUUCUCCCAGCGGCUAUCCGUUUUCUCCAAUAAUUUGUAUAAUCAACUGUCGCUAUUGAAGCCGGAAGAGAAUGUCGUUUUCUCUCCAUUCUCCAUACAAACCUGCGCAGCAAUGGCUCGAUUGGGUGCGAAAAAGGAAACAGCCGCAGAACUGGAUCGCGGUCUUGGUCUUGUGUCUGAUACCAAAAAAAUGGCUGAAAGUUUUCAUCAAGCGCUUUCAACCUACAAGAAGAGUACGAUCCUUCGAAUUGCCAACAGGAUUUACGUGAUGAAAGGUUUCAAACUUCAUAAGGAUUUUAAUAGAUUGUUAACCAAACAAUUUCUUUCAUCGGCUGAGAGCUUGGAUUUUGGCAAUAAUGAGAAGGCGGCGGCUUCCAUUAAUGGAUGGGUAGCCAAGAAAACUAAUAAUUUGAUAAAAGAUGUGAUAGAUCCUAGUUCCCUAACAACCUUAACCCGAAUCGUAUUGGUAAAUGCUAUACAUUUCAAAGGCAAUUGGGUACACCAGUUUGCCGUUAAAGCAACACGAGCUGAACCAUUCUAUUUAAAUGACGAGAAAAGCAUAAAAGUACCCAUGAUGAACAUUGAGCAGAUUUUUAACCAUGCGCAGCUACCCGAAUUGGAUGCCACCGCCCUACAGUUGCCCUACAAGGACUCUGAUCUAUCCAUGCUGAUUAUUUUGCCCAAUAGGAAGACUGGUUUGCCUCAACUGGAGGGAAAAUUGCGAUCCACCCAAUUGAGUGAGAUCACAAAGAAACUAAACCAAACGAAAGUGAUAGUUAAAUUGCCUAAAUUCAAAGCCGAACUUAAAAUGGAACUCAAAGAUGUAUUUCAAAAGUUGGGCAUGACUCGCAUAUUUUCAACAAGUGCAGAUUUUAGUGGCAUGCUACAAAAUCCGCACGAAUUGCAAAUAUCCUCCAUUAUACACAAGACCGUCAUUGAUGUUAACGAACAUGGCACAGAGGCAGCAACUGCAACUGCUAUUAUCACUGUUGCGCGAAAUGCCGCGAAUGGUGUUUAUUUUUACGCCGAUCAUCCGUUCACCUAUUAUAUAUUGAACAAAGAUAACUAUGUUCUCUUCGCUGGCAAACUCACGAAGCCCAAAGCAGAGCCUUUAAAAGUUGUGUACUAUAUUUAUUCUAAAGUGAAAUUAACUAAAAUGGAUAAGCCUUGGCAUUUACAUGCUUGUUGGUUGCUUGUGCUGCUCCACCUUACAUCGCUGCCGACUGAAGCUCAGCCCCAGUCCAAUCCCCAACCCAAUCACAACAACAACAACAUGGCAAAUGAAGUGGAAUUCUCUCGCCGGUUGGCUAUUUUCUCCAUCAAUGUGUACAAUCAAGUGUCGCUAUUGAAACCGCAAGAGAAUGUCGUUUUCUCUCCAUUCUCCAUACAAACCUGCGCAGCCAUGGCUCGAUUGGGUGCAAAAAAGGAAACAGCCGAGGAAUUGGAUCGUGGGCUGGGUCUUGUUUCUAGCGAUACCCAACAAAUAGCCGAAAGUUUCCAUCAAGUGUUGGCAACCUAUGAGAAAAGUGCAAUCCUUCGCAUUGCCAAUAAGAUUUUCGUAAUGAAAGGAUAUACGCUUGAUCAGGAUUUCAAUAGGCUACUAACCGAACAAUUUCUAUCGUCGGCGGAAAAUUUGGACUUUGCACAAAAUACUAAGGCGGCGAGUACCAUUAAUCAAUGGGUUGAACAGAAAACUAAUAAUUUGAUCAAAGAUUUGAUCAAUCCCAGUGUCCUGUCAGCUGAUUCCCGUCUAGUGUUGGUCAAUGCCAUACACUUUAAAGGCAAUUGGGUACACCAGUUUGAUGUUAGAUCAACACGACCUGAACCAUUCUAUCUGAAUGAUGUAGAUUCCAAAAAUGUGCCCAUGAUGAAUGUAAAAGAGAAUUUUGGUUAUGCCGAGUUACCCGAAUUGGAUGCCACCGCUCUACAGUUGCCUUAUAAGGACUCUGAUUUAUCGAUGUUGAUUAUAUUGCCCAACAGUAAGACUGGUCUGCCUCAACUGGAGGAAAAAUUGCGAUCCACCCAAUUGAGUGAGAUCACAAAGAAACUAUAUCAAACGAAAGUGAUAGUUAAAUUGCCUAAAUUCAAAGCCGAAUUUGAAAUGGAACUCACAGAUGUAUUUAAAAAGUUGGGUAUGAGUCGCAUGUUUUCGGAUAGUGCCAACUUUAGUGGCAUGCUGGAAAGCCCAGAAGCAUUGAAGGUAUCCGCCAUCAUACACAAAGCCUUCAUCGAAGUCAACGAACAGGGCACAGAGGCAGCAGCGGCUACUGGCUUUGUGGUGCGUAAAAAACGUGCAAUUGUGUCACUCACUGAACCAGUUGAAUUCUUUGCCGAUCAUCCAUUCACCUAUGCUCUAUUACAUCAAACGAAGUUGCCCCUUUUCUGGGGCUCGGUGAGGCAACUGGAUGCCAGUUCCGAUAGUUGUCCUACGUCCAGCCAAGAUCAUGAUGAACUUUAAGACAGUCUUGUAGAGUAUACUAGAAAACUUUAGAGAAAUAAUUGGUAUUAAUUUCAAUAAAAAAAAACUAUUUAUUUAUUUUAAAA